UCCAAAUGAACCUUUUUGUUUAUUAUUUUACAUAUAAUGUGGGCUAUUAUUUUUUAAGAUCUUGUCUUCUGUUAAAGAAUUAUUGUAUGAUAUAUAUUAAAUCUAUAUUUUAUAUAUUUUGAGAAUCUAUAAAAAUAAAGGGCUAAAUUAACUUCACCUUCUAAAACUAGUCAACCAGAAAAAACUGUCAAACACAACCAUAACAAAACAGAUGUCAACUUUUCUGAUAUUGCAUCCUUUGGAAAAAGUCAGACCACCCUUCAUUCUCUCUUCCACAUUUAGUGCCUAGCCUGCAAUUCUCACCUCAUAAUUUUUGGAUGUCUUUUUUCUAACAAUGAUUUCUUUGGGAGCUAAUAAACUUAGCAAAUAAGUCGUAUAAAUUAGUUUUUGAUCAGACAAAUUAGAGACUUUGUUCAAACUGAUCAAUAGUCCAAUUUGAGUCUGUGGCUUAGGAUUUGCUGCAUAGAGAUGCUUUGACAAAUCCCUCUCUUUGAUAUAUAUCUUUCUUUCUGUGCGGUUGGGGAUUCAAGAAGUUAACUAAUGAUUUGUUGCUGAUCAUAGCCUUGAUAUUCGAUAAUAAAUACAAUUUCGUAGAAAUUAUUUUAUGCGAAAGAGUUGAAAAUAUGGCAUUUACUGGAACUCUUGACAAAUGCAAGGCUUGUGACAAAACUGUCUAUUUUGUGGAUUUGUUAUCAGCUGAUGGGGCAACUUUUCAUAAGUCCUGCUUCAGAUGCAGCCACUGCAAUGGCACACUCGUGAUGAGCAACUACUCUUCGAUGGAUGGAGUCCUCUACUGCAAAACUCACUUUGAACAACUAUUCAAAGAAUCCGGAGAUUUCCGUAAAAACUUUCAAGCAGGGCCCAAGACAGACCGGCAAUAUGAACAGGGCAGGACCCCUAACAAACUCUCUUCUUUCUUCUCUGGAACCCAAGAAAAGUGUCCUGCUUGUAAUAAAACUGUCUAUCCGUUGGAAAAGAUAACAAUGGAGGGAGAAUCCUACCACAAGACAUGCUUCAGGUGUGCUAUUGGAGGGUGUUCUCUUACACACUCAUCCUAUGCUGCUCUCGACGGAAUCCUCUACUGCAGGCACCAUUUCCAACAGUUGUUCAUGGAGAAAGGAACCUAUAGUCAUGUAAAGGCUGCUGCUAAAAAGAAUGCAUCAUCUUUAUCCGAAGCAAGAGAGGAUGAACCAACUGAGCCAGUAGCCGAAGCUAAAGCCGCAGUAGAAACUGAGACAAUUCCUGCAGAAGAAACUGCUGAAGCAUAAUCUGAAAAAAAGGAUUUUGAUAUCAUUUUAGCUCCUAACUUCAACAGCUUUCUUGUAUGGAUUUUACUGGCCUUCGGGCAUAUCUAAUCAUGUUUAGCUCCCAAAUGAGUCAGAAAAUUUUCCCUUAGUCACAGAAACUUCAACAAUGUAAUUUCUUAUUUUAUUGACAUGUUUGGCCAUUCAAUUUGUCAUGGUGAAUAUUUCGUUCUUUUUUUUUUUGUAACACUUGAGAUAAUUUAUAAGACAUUUUUAUUGUUUAUAUUUGA